CAGAAUUAAAAAUGCGCUCCUCCGCCUUGUCACCAGUGCUGUGCGCAUUUUCUUGACAAGCCCGCGUUCCCACGGCAUGGUGUUCGGAUUCAGAGGCUCAGCACUGCUUUCAUACAUAACCAUUAAAACUCUCGGACGCCUAAUUAGGCAGCAGAACACGCACAGCGCCGCGCAGCACCUGUUCCCACCUUCAUAGAGAAGAUGCAGGAGAUGGGCAGUACACAUCGAGGCUCUGAGAGGGUCUUCAGCGUCCUGGAUCGUCUGCUGCUCACACAUCCUGUGUGGCUGCAGCUGUCACUCAGCCAGGACUCCGCCCUCUAUAUCCUGCUCAGAGAGCCUGUUGGGACCUUUUUGGUGCGUAAAUGCAGCUCCAGCCAGAGGAAGGUGCUGUGUUUGAGAGUGACAGCCGAUAAAAGGGCCUCCUCUGUUAAGGAGUGCUUCAUCUGUGAGGAGGACUCCACAUUCGCCUUGGAGAGCUCAGCACUCACCUUCCCAGACCUGUGUCGACUGGUGGCCUUCUACUGUAUCAGCAGAGAUGUGUUGCCCUUCCCACUGGAGCUACCAGAGGCCAUUGCUAAAGCCACAACACACAGGCAGCUGGAGGCCAUCUCACACAUGGGCCAAGACUUCUGGAGCGCACCGACUGCUUCAGAUAUCCAAAACGGACCGGUGGACCCGGUUGCAUCAACCAGCGGCAACCAGAGUCAGAUGGCCCAGGAGCGAUGUACCCUGCUGACCCGGAGUAGACCAGGCAAACUCUGCUUUAUCAACCCGCUCUUCCUACAACUGGAGGUUAGCAAGCAGCCACAACUCACUAACCACAGUGCCUCCAAUAAACGGCACCGCUUCAAGCGCAGCAUGCGGCUCAGGCUCUCCGAGUCCUCAAUGAAUCUGUCCAUGGAAGGAGUCGGCUCCUUCUCCCCUCGCUCAUCAUUGGAGCUGCCCGGCGGGUCAGAGAGGCUGCAGAAGGCCAGCACUAACCCACAGAGAAGAAUUCACCCUGGGGCAGGGGUCCUGAGGAGAACCCCUGCUGUAUCACCGGGUUCUGCAGAGGAAGAGGACAUGAUGUCUGUCUACGUGCCACAAACAUCUGCAAAAGUUGAGCCUCCCCAGCCCCAACAGUCCGCCCAAGCAGUGGAGCAGGGCAUUGAGGUGGCAGUUCUGGCCCUGGAACGCCGCCCGGCUCCGUCCCUGGCCGAGCUCGACAGCAGCAGCUCCUUCAGCAGCAUGGAUGAGGACAAUGACUCUGAUCCAGAAAGCAUGACCCAAGCCCCAACUCACUUCUACCAGCGCCCACCACUUGUGCGCUCUCGAGGCCGUGGUGGGCUGCACCGCAUGAGCGAGGCAUUUGUGUGUUUCUUUGCUCCAGACAAGCGGCUGACGCGGCUGGUGGAGGAGCUGUCCAGAGACAGGCGCUCCAUCUUUGGGGGCAUGGUUCAGGACUUCCUCCUGGCACAGAGAGAAUUGCUCAAAUCCCUGGCUUCCUCUUCUCCAUCCUCAUCCUCUUCCACUUCAAAUGUGACCUCUGUGCAGCUCCUGCAGGGUCUGCGCCUCUUUCUGUCCCAGGCAAGAUGCUGCUUGCUGGACAGCGGAGAACUGGAGCCCCCCAUUGAAACCCUGGUGCCAGAGAACGAGAAAGACCUGGCCCUGGAGCGGGCCAUGUUCUCCUGUGUGCUCAGGCCUCUGAAGUCCCACCUUGAAAAAGCUCUAAUUGCGUUGCACAAUCAAGACGGCACCAGCCAGCGCCUCACCCAAAACAUGAUCCGUCUGAAGGGGGACGCUGCCAUGGAGCAGCUCGGCGUGCGGACGGGCGUCCCCGACAGCCGCGAGGUGGAAAGGGUUAAGCAGAAGCUGGUCCUAAUGCAGAGGACGCACUCGCCCAUCGACAAGGUGCUGCUGCUGCUGCAAGUGUGCAAGUGCGUCCACAAGGCCAUGGGGUCCUUACAUGCACAGGAAGUGAGCUGGGAAGACUUCCUGCCGUCACUGUCUUACGUGAUUGUGGAGUGCAACAAGCCUCACAUCCUGAUAGAGGUGGAGUACAUGAUGGAGCUGCUGGAGACCUCCUGGCUCGGAGGAGAGGGUGGGUACUACCUGACCAGUGUGUAUGCCAGUCUGUGUCUGAUCCAGAGCCUGGACAGGGAGCAGCCGUUCACCGGCUGCCUGACGCCAGAGGCCCAGGAGGCUCUGAAGGAGUGGAGCAGCAGACGGAGCCGUGAGGCCCAGAGACAAAAGGAGAACCAGCAGAGCCAGAGGUGCGUUCGGAUACUGUUCCAGGACGGGGAGCGGAGCGCCGUGCGGACGUUGCAGUGGAGAGCCGGGGAGACCAGCCAGGCCCUGGCGCAGCUGUGUGCCGCCACUUUCGAAGUGUCCGACCCGGAGCAAUACACCCUGUACUGGCGCAGUGGCGGCGAGAUGAGGGCCCUGCCGCCUCACGCCCAGCCUCAGGACCUGGCCAGCCACAGCGAGGGGGGCCCCUCGCUCUCCUACCUGAGGACCGACCACGACUUCAGCAAGAUGCGGCGGCUCACCAGGGGUGGCGCCGUGGACCUGAGCGAGUCGGUGUGUGAGGAGUGAGUGGGAGGAAUGGAGGAAGGAGGGAGGAGGAGAUGGAUGGUUGCUCUCUCUUUCUCUCUCGUUCUCUCUCUUGUUCUGUCUCUUACUCUCCGGCGGUGUGUUGUGUCUCGUCGUGGGUCAGGACUUGUGAAAAACUACAGCCCUUCUCCAGACUAGGAGCAGACCUUUAAUGGUAAACUCUUUCCUAAAUGGAUCAACAUGCAGAGCACAGCAGGACCAACAUAGGGACUGUUGCCAAAAGUUGUACUAUGUACCACUCAGAGUGGCUGCUGGUGUAAAGGAGUGUACUACUGUUUGUGACAUGGAAAAUGUGUAAUAAAUGGAUUUGGUUGUUAUUUGAAACAUGAACCCAGAGUUAUACCAUGAAGGGAUUACAUCAUUAAAACGUGAAGAGGCUCAAAUCCAAAGACAAAUUCUGUGAGACUACUGUUGCCUGGAAACAAAAUCACUUCCUGUAUGCACACUAGAAGGCAAAUUGUCCGCUGUGGUGAUGUAACCCUUUCACAGUAUAGUCCUAGGCAAAAUCUAAAAGAACACCUGGAUGUUUUAUAACUUUACUUUUAUUUGUAAAAGUCGGAUGGAACCACGUUGUUAAAGGGUUUGGGGAUACAAACCUUUCUUUGCUCCCUGGAAUACAGUUUGAAAAAAAUAGUCAACAAGACUUAACCUCAAUACCAAAGUGACAAAAAA